AUGACCGUUACCAUUACGGUUACUGAUACUGUUGCCGUUACCGUUACUAUUACCAUUACUAUUAUCAUCAUCGUUACCAUAAAAAUUAUCGUUAGCUUUGUCGUCAUCAUUACUGUGACCAUUACCAUGACCGUGAUCGUGACCAUCACCAGUACCGUAAUCGUCACUGUUACCAUCACUGUUACUAUUACCGUUACCAUCACCCUUACCGUCACUAUUAUCGUUACCGUUACCAUUAUCGUCACUGUUACCUUCAUCGUUAUCGUUAUCAUUAUCGUUAUCGUUACCUUCACCAUAACCGUUAAUGUAAUCGUUACCAUUAUUGUGACUGUUACUGUCACCAUAAUUGUUAUCGUUACUAAUACUAAUAUCGUCAUCGUUACCAUGACAGUUACAGUUACCGUUAUCGUUACCUUUACCUUUACCUCUACAUUGACCGUCACUGUUACCAUUACCGUUACUCUUUCCAUCACCGUUACCAUUAUCGUUACUGUCACCAUAACUGUUACCAUUACCAUAACCAUUACCUUCACUAUUACCAUCACCGUUACCGUUACUGUCACCGUUACAAUUAACAUUACUAUCAUCGUCAACAUUACGAUUAUCGUUACCAUAACCAUAAUCGUUAAAGUGACUGUUACCAUGACAGUUACCAUUAUCAUCAUCGUUGCCUUCGCCGUUACCAUUGCUCUUAUCGUCACUGUUACUGUCACUCUUACCGUUACCGUUACCAUUACCGUUAUCGUAAUCAUUACUUUCACUAUUACUGUUAUCGUCACCGUUAUUUCACCAUUACCGUUGCCGUUAUCGUUAUUGUCACCAUUACAAUCACUGUUACCGUCACUGUUAUUGUUACCGAUAUCGUAA